AUGUGGGAUAUCGUCGUGGACGCUUUGGGCAAUGUGCUCAGUGGCUCUCCGGAAGCGCUGAUUGCACGUCUACUGCCCACCCGAAACAGCACGGCGGACACUAACUACAUGUUUAGUUUACUGCUAAACUUACGUACUGUAAUGUCACCCGAGGAACUCAUGCAAAAAAUUGUGCAGGUAAUUGAAUUGACAUUAUUCUGA